AUGAAGCUUGUCAUCACCCCAAGGUCUGCAAAGUCGCGCAAGUUCCCUAUCACCCUUGACCUCGUCGGCUCGCCUGCCGAUGUCCGUGUCGAGGACGUCCAGAACGCCAUUGCCACAAAGUACCCUCAGUUGUACGUCGACCGUCAACGUUUGACUGUUGAGAAAACUGCUCUGGAGGCCGGUAAGACUCUUUCUGACUAUGGCCUCAAGGAUGGCGAUUCUGUCACGUUCAAGGAUCUCGGUCCACAAAUAAGCUGGCGCACCGUCUUCUUGAUUGAAUAUGGUGGUCCAUUGGUCAUCCAUCCCUUGGUCUACUAUCUCCCCAAGUUGUUCUACGGAGAGUCCUUUGAGCACAGCUGGAUGCAAACCGUCGCUUAUUGGAUGGUUAUGCUUCAUUUCUUGAAGCGCGAGUACGAAACCGUUUUCGUUCACCGCUUCUCUCACGGUACCAUGCCCUUCCGCAAUGUCUUCAAGAACAGCGCCCACUAUCACUUGUUGUCUGGAGUCAACCUCGCCUACUGGGUGUAUGGUCCCUGGAACGCUGAGGGAGCCAAGCUGGCUGAGAGGAGUGAUGCUCUCGUUUAUGGAUGCAUUGCCCUUUACAUUUUUGCGGAGCUGUCCAACUUCCACACUCACGUCACUUUACGUAACCUCCGCCCUCCAGGCACCAAGAUCCGCAAGAUCCCUCGUGGCUAUGGUUUCCAAUGGGUUUCAUGCCCCAACUACUUCUUCGAGACUCUGUCCUGGUUGGCUGUCAGUGUUUUGACUAUGUCAUGGUCCGCCCACUUGUUCUUUAUCGUUGCCGUUGGUCAGAUGUACAUCUGGGCUGUCAAGAAGCACAAGGGCUACCGCAAGGAAUUCUCUGACUACCCUCGCGGUCGCAAGGCCAUGUUCCCCCUGGUCGCUUAA